GGAUUUUGCCAGUGACAUAGUAGUGACAACAGGCCUGCCCCCCCCCGGGCCUGGUCCCCCCACCACCCCUGGAAUGGUGUAUCCUGCACAGCCUGUAGGGUGAGCUGAGGACAUAGGACACCUCUUUGGUUGGUGUCACUCUGGUGAUGGAGUGGCUUUUGACAUUUUGGGUCUUGCCCACUUGAGUUCUGAGUCAUCCCCCAGGAGUUUGUGAAAUCCUAGCCAAUGAGACACUAACAACGUCAUUUGUCCAUUCAUCCAUCCAUCUAUCCAAAUAGGGCCUUUCUAGGGCCCUCGUCGUUAUGAGGAAAAGCAGAUUAGUGUUCUGGGUCAUUGUACCAAUUUUAAAGCAAUGUAAUACUGCAGUAGUUAUUACUGUGCCUCUCUGUUCUUGUAUUUUGGUUCCCAGUUCUGUUCUUAGGGCUUCUCUAUACAUGGUCAGAUCUUUGGUGUUCAGACACUGCAUAGGUUUAGGGUAUUUUUCUUUUUUUUUUCUUUUUUUCCAAUAUUUGUUUAGUUACUCAUUUCACAUUUUUUCUUUCAUCUUAUGAAUCAACAUAAGCAAUUCUAUAUCUCUGGUAUAUGGUGGAAUAAUUGUAAGUAUGAUUACCACCUGCAGAAGAUGAUACAGGUUAAUGCAACACCGGUGUACCAUCACAGGAAUAUUUGGUAUUGGCUCAUUUUCAAUACCCAAUAUCUUUUCUCCAUUACCCAUACAGCCUUUGAGGCCAUUUUACUGUAUGGGUGGCAGAAAAGUACAGAAAUUGUGUUGGAAUUAAAGAAGAAAGUGAAUACAAAUAUGUAUGACCAUGCUUGGAUGCAAGCAAGAAGAUCGCAGUUGGGAGGGGAACAAAAUGAGCCGUUACUCGGAAAUAGACCGCAAAAAACAGAAAACGUUGGUAGCUACACAAACAAGAACACUUUUUCGAGCGAGCCUGCCGCAGGAACACUCUCUCCACAGAUUCUCAUCCUUUCAUAAGCCAGCGCGACGGAGCACGCCGCCCCCUCUGGCACAAGUGCCCUUUUGUGCCCCUCCUGUGAAGGCCGCAUUGAUGGGGUGGCUGGCCAGGGCUGGGGGGGGAGGCCUCGGGCAACAUACCUGCAGCCUCUUCCAACACAGGAAGCCUGCAGAGCAGAGAGUAAACAUGUUAUUAAUAAAAAUACUCCACUGGUCCGUGAGUCAGACCGGCUGCAAACAUUGGGCCAGGCUCGGUUUUAAGCAGGCUUCGGCGGGAUGCGACGAACGGUAAACUGCUCUCGUCGCCUGGUGUCGGAGGCUGUCCUCGGGUAGCUUCCCACAGGUGGCCUAAUAUUUAUCAAACGCAAUAAGUUAUUAACUUUCCUUCCUUGCCUCUUUUUCCAGAUGACUAAAUGUGUGGUCCUCUACAAACAUAACAAAUAAAACCGUAUCAAUAUUUUGUAUAAUGUAGUAUAUAGAGUAGAAUAUAUCAAUAUAGCUGAUUGUGUAUGGGUAUAUGAUUUGUGCAUAUUUGUGAAACUAUGACCGUAGUAAUGGUGAUGGGAUUUGGGUAGAGGAGAUUCAUUGGUCGUCUGUUGUCGGUGUGAGGAAUCUUGUGGCCCCUCUGCUCCAGGAGAGGGCUGUGAAGGUUACCGGUGGUCUGCCCGGAACGGUUCUCUACAAAGGCAUCUUUCACCAACCGCCCCUGCGCUGCUGCGGGAUGGGAAGUUUGAGAGGCUUUGCGCUGCAUCAUCAAAAAACCGUGGCAGAUCCAGUACCCACUCCACACAGGGACAGCCAGGACACGUCAUCGGGGGGAGGAGCAUAUGAUAUCACCACCAAGGACCCCUUCCAUGACCUCACAGACAACGCCUUCACCGUAGAGUACGAGGACAUUACCCGUUUCCAGCCUUUGGAUGAGGACAACGAAGUGCUGGGUCCAGGUGCCAUCACCGCCAUCGUCAUCGCCGUGUUCCUGGGAGCAUCUGUGCUUCUCGCGCUCAUCGUCAUUAUGCUCAGGAAGUUCUCCAGUGCCUAAGAGUCCCUCCCCCAUCACUGCCCCAAGAACUCCAACCCAUCAGCCCUCGGCCUUCCACUCACACACACACACACACACACACACACACACGCACACACACACACACACACACACGCUGCACACAAGCUCACACAGAUCACUUGGGAAAGAACAUGAACAAGACCUCACUUGGCCCUCCUGAUUGCAUGACCAUUUAGACUUGAGCCAGUUGGAGGAGGAGGAGGAGGAGGAGGAGGAGUCAUUGGAUUGGGUCAUCGGGUCAGGACCACACCUGGCUGGCCGACAGGAGUGUCCGUCAAUUCUGAGACUUGUGACGUCCGCUGGCGAUGUUGGAAUGAGUGGGAGAAGUCUUCAUGAGCAUGCUCUCUUAACCCCACAAUGUCCUGCCACGACCAAUCAGGCCCAUGGUUCACAAGGGAGCCAUUCGGGAGCAGGGUCAAAUUUAGUUGCAUUCAGUGUUAAGCCUGUUAACUCAUUGCAACUUGCAGCUAAAGUUAACAUGUCAUCACAUGUGUCUCAAGUUGGAUAUUUUGAAUGCCAGCCUUGUUUAUUUUUGUAUUGGGGAAAGCUAAAGCAGCUGAGCGUGCGUGUCUUCUUGUGCAUGUAUAUCGAUGGGUGAAUGGGUUUAUGUGUCUGAGAUGGUGGGAUCCUUGCUAGCCUUAGCCUUUUGUACUUUCCUUUCAUGAAUUAUGCCAGUGUAUUAGGUUUGAUUUUGGAUUAAAUGUGAAACAUGAGCACAUUUACCUUCAUUUACCUGCUAACCAUGCAAAUAUUCAGAUCUUUAGAAAUUUACUAAUAAGUGAGAGAGCCUGAGAUAUUUUAGUUGUUUAGCCGUUGAGUAUUGCACUUGAGGUAAGAUUUGGGUAAGUCUUUAGUACACAAUCAUGUCUCUGUUAUAUCUUAAUAUUACAUAAGAUCAAUGUUUGUGCUCUCUUUCAGUAAUUAAUGUGUUCAUACCAAUCACCUCUUAGUAAUCCAAGAAGAGACAUUCUAAAAUAUUUUGAACAAAUUAUUAAUAUUAAUAUGCAUAUAGGUAAAUUGAAGUUUUCUUGGAGGAAAUUGUAGGUCAACGCAAAAUUAUUUGGCAGAAUGUUUAAGUAAGUAUUAAGACAUUAAAUAAGUAUUAAGACACAAAAAAAGUGUUUAGAAAUGCUUGGUUUGGAAUCGAUCUUCAGUAGUUCUGUGCCUGGGUGAUAUUUUGUAUCAAGUAUUUUACUACAUGUUAUAACAAGCUUAGUGAUGUUUGAUCAUUAUGACUGUUAAUAAUUUAGAAAAACUAAAGUAUAAAUAAAAGUGUACAGGUUUUUCUUUAGUGAAGUAGAAAUUCUAAUAUGUUCUAACAUUUAGUGAUACAUAGAAGGUCUUUUAAUACACGUGAUAUAAUAAUUAAUAUUGAUAAGUUUUCAAUUAAUGUAACAUGCGGUAUGACAGUACUGUUUUUUGGUUAAACUUUCAUAAUUAUUUUAAGAACUUAAAUGCAAGUUAGCUCUUAUAAGGUUAACAGGAAAAUGCCCUUCAUAUCUUGUCUUUUUAUGUGCAGUAUGUUUAGUCAAAUUUCAUGAGUUUAAGUUUAAGUAUCUGUGUGUAUUUGUAUGUGAGUGCAUGCCUGUGUAGGUGGGCAUGUGUGUGUUUGCCUCUGAUAUAUACGUAUCUGAACUUCCUGUGAGCUGGUCACUCACAACAGUUUCACAACAGAGUACAGUUUUGCUGUACUCUAGCUACAUUAUUUUAAAAGCCUUGUGAAUUGAGUCAUGUUAUAUAUUUUUUUCCAUUAGCAAUAAAUAACUUUUCAACAAAAUAAAGAACAGUGAGAAACUGAGCCAAAUGUUAUUUCCCACUGAGAGCAAUUUGAUAAUGUGCAUGUUUAGCCACCAAAAGGAACUCUUAAUCAGCAUUAGCAUUCUGGAAUGUUCAGACUUAAUGUUCUCAGAGUGUGAUUGACUGGUCCCUGCAGAAAAGUAUCAACAGAGAUUCUGAAUCGUAUCCAGAAUUGUUAUGCCCCACACAAGUUAAAGGGGCCAGUAUGUGUCCUGAUUGUCCUUCUGUGUUUUCAUUCUGGUUCCAUGUAGCGUCCAGACUAUGGCAUGAAUAGCUUAUGCCCUGUUCAUCCAUAGAUUCCUAAUAAACUGCACAAAUUCUUUCCCCAA